AUGGAGUUCUUCAACGAUGUUGGCACAGACCCUCUGAAACCUUCUCUAUUCGAGCUUGUGGCCCAGGAGCAGCUACGGGACCUUCUGCAGCCCGCGCUCAAGUAUGUCUUAGCGGUCUUCGCUCAAAGAUAUCCUCGGUAUCUACUGCGAAUAGUGAACCGGCAUGAAGAGUUCUACGCAGCAAUCAUGUUCUUUGUUGAGAAGCACUAUCUCAUUAAACACAAUGCUUCCUUCUCUGAGAAUUUCUACGGCCUCAAGCGUCGUAGACGUCCCUACAUCGAAACGGAACGUGCUAGAGCAGCUGUUGGAGGAAUUCCUGCCACAGAAAAGCUCCGGAACCGGGAGAUAUGGCGAUCUUUGCUGUUCCUAGUUGGCCUCCCAUACCUUCGAGCCAAGACACAGGAUCUGUAUGAGGAAUUGGGUGGUGGGGUGAGCUCGGACAUCAUGGAAGAGGGCCUGGACGUCCGGCAGAUACGCAUGCUUACAGAUGGCAGCAUAAAAGGUCGAUUGCGGAGAGCCUUCAAGGCGAUAUACCCGUGGUUAAACGGUUUAUUCGAGUUAUGGCUUCUGUCGUCGAAUAUUGCCUAUCUCUUCGAUCGUACGCCGUUUUACCGACCAUGGUUGGCCUGGAUUGGUGUUGAUCUUAGAAGACUUGGCGUGGAGGACUUUAGAGCAGCUAACGCCGCAAUGAUGUCCAAACCGUCGGUUCUCGGCAAGGGGGUAUGGCUACUCCUCGACUCGCUACGGCUCCUACUCCCGACAGCCAUAUUCUUUAUUAAGUUCUUGGAGUGGUGGUACUCGCCCAGUUCACCUGCGCGGUCACUAUCCAAAUCGCCUCUGGGGCCCACUGUACCCCCUCCGAAGAUGCUGCCACCCCAUCCUCAAGGCAUACCCUUUGACAGAACGCAGUAUGGCGUGUGUCCGAUCUGUGUCAAGAGCAUGAAUAACGCGACAGCGUUGCCGUCAGGAUAUGUAUUCUGCUACCGCUGUGCCUAUGAUCAUGUGGAGAAACGGGGAAGGUGUCCAGUGACCCUGUUGCCUACGCGAGUGUGGCAAUUGCGGAAGAUCAUGGCCUGA